UGAUGCGAAAACGCUAGCUAAAGCAAAGCGGUUCGGAAAUACUUGUUCGCGACAUUCACUGGCUUUGAAUUUAGCGAGUGUUCCUCGUUUCAAACUUGUACAGACAAACUGAAAGUUGCCUUUGUCCAUCUUCAAAAUGCCAUGGUCAACAACUCAGCAAAAAAGGCUUGGAUUCGAGAAAAACAUUCUCGAGGAGUACUUUGGUAACAGAGUUUCAUGGAUCAAUCCGACUGGCGAUACGAAGGUUGAAGUAAGAGUGACAACCACCAAUGAUAAACAGUAUACACUCAGGGUGUAUCUUCCUGGAGAUUUCCCGAAUUCAUGUCCGAAGAUGAUAAUCAGUAACCCUUCUUCCUGUUUGAGAGCGAAAGACGGUUCUCCGCUUAGUGGUGGGAGUAGUGAUAACCAUACAUUGGGCAGCAUAGAUGGUUGCACUCAGAUCUGCCACUUUAGACCGGCCUUGUGGAAAGAUAACAACACACUGUACCAAGUGGUUAUGAAAGGGCUGAUAUGGCUGGAGGGGUACGAAGCACAUCUUCGCACUGGGCAACCUCUGAGUAAAUACUUGCAAGAGAUGUAAACAAAUCGGCUUAGGACAGGAAAAUAAUUGUGGAUCGGGACAAACAUCUCUGUGACAAUGACAAAUCUACUCGAGCCUAAACCAUGAUCCUUCGGUACGGGUAAAUUUCAUUGAUUAUUGAUUAGAUUUAGUAAUAGA